UCACGUGGUUUCCGAGAGCAUCUCUGUGGAGACGGUCCCACAGAAAGCGUCACCGGGCACGUUUGUUUUUAUUAUUGCGAUGGUAACCUGUCGCUAAUGUUCACAGCCUUAGUUUAUGUUUUGAACAUUGCUCCGAUAUCCUCAACCAGUUCCGAUGAAUUAUCGAACCACUCGUUCAAGGUGAAGGUGUAAUAAAACGGGAGCAUAUGGCUGCUGACAGUUCAGAUGGUGAUGUUGGCGACCCACCCAGUGUCAGUUUUCCACCGCUAAUCACUGUUUGUGAUCUGCCCAGCGCCACAGCUGCAGGCCGUAACCUGAAGGAAUGGCUCCAGGAACAGUUCUGCGACAAGCCUUUAGAGCAAGAAGACAUGCGGCUCCACAACGCAGCCUAUGUAGGAGAUCUGGACACCUUGAGGAACCUGCUAAAGGAAGACAGCUUCAGACAACGAAUCAACGAGAAAUCAGUGUGGUGUUGUGGCUGCCUGCCUUGUACUCCACUGCGGAUCGCAGCCACAGCUGGUCACAGUGCCUGUGUAGCCUAUCUGAUUGCCCAGGGAGCCCAGGUGGACCUGGUAGACGUCAAAGGUCAAACAGCCCUGUACGUAGCUGUGGUGAAUGGACACCUGGACUGUGUGCGGAUCCUGCUGGAAGCUGGGGCCAACCCUAACGGGAGCCGACACCACCGCAGCACCCCACUCUACCACGCAGCACGGGUUGGAAGGCUGGACAUACUGCAGGAACUCAUCAGGUUCCAUGCGGAUGUUGACGUGGACCACCAGCUGGGUCCUCGGCCGCUCUUCAGCGCCCGCACCCUUAACACCCUGGUGGUGUGUCCUCUCUAUAUCAGUGCCGCCUACCACCACCUCCACUGCUUCCGCCUGCUGCUCCAGGCCGGCGCCCAACCCGAUUACAACUACACGGGACCAGUCUGCCAUGAGGCUUUGGUACGCGGCCUUGCCUCCUGCCUGCUGGAUGCAGUGCUGCGCCACAGCUGUGAGGCGGCCUUUGUCGAGCUUCUUCUGGACCAUGGUGCUAACCCGGCCCUUGUGCCCUGGGAGGAAGCUGAGCUGGAAGCUGCCAGCCGGGGAAAGGUGGAUCCAGAGGCUCUCAGAGUCUAUCUGGAGGCCAGGAGAUGUCCUCGUAGACUUACCCACCUGUGUCGGAUCAGGAUUCGCAGAGCUAUGGGCAAGAAUCGUCUGAACCACAUACCCUCGCUACCACUUCCUGAGCCAGUCAAGAACUUCCUGCAUCACCAAAACUAACAGGCUACAAACUUCUUCCACCUUCUCAUUAGAGCUCGAAACAGGCUUGACAAUAUGAACUCAGCCCAGCUAAAUCUGAGAAACAAAAAAUAAAUCAGAAUCUUCCAACCAAACCUUCAAGGUAAGGCAUUUUAAGAGCCCCAAACUAACUAAAGCCUAAAAAUAGUAAUGAUUUUCUUACCAAAAUCAUGUUUUAUAAUGGUAAAUCUUCAACAAUCUUUGUAGUAAAACCAAAUUCCCAAAAGUUUCUAAGAAAUUUUAUUGUACCGGACACCUUCAGGCCUUUGGGUUCGUAAAUGUCAAAUACUCGUCUUCCUACAAUUGCAGACCAUGCUAUCGGAAAGACUGUAGUUUGACUGUCAAUUUGUCCUUAUAAUCUGGACCAUGGAAAUCCGGUCCCAGUUAUCUUAAUUUGAACUUCAUUGCCCACCAUCACUUAGAAGUGUUUUGCUUGCACUUUUCACAUAUGUAUCACAGAAAGAACACUUUAUUUCAAAGCAAUGGCUGAAACAUAACUAUGCAUCAUUUCAGCUGAAGCAUAUCACCUAAUUACACAUUAUUUGUGUUCCACAGUUGAAUUUUAGGUGUUUUGCUUGCCCUCCCAUUCAGAGUGAUUAUCCAUGCUUGCAGUGUUGUUGCUUGUGACACCAGGGUUUCCUCGAAGCAGAGAAGGUCAAGUGCUUAAAAUAUAGCUAAAUACUGUGUAUGGCCACACUAGUGUGAAAUUCAAAACGAAAGGGGUGGUUCAUAAGUUCAAGGGCCUGGAUCCUGAUUUAAGAAAAAAAAAGUGACUGUGUGUCAAACAUGGGGAUGCUGGUGAUACCAAAAAAGUGGAGAAAAGUUUUUUGACAGAGACCAUUUUAGAAAUGUAAGACUAGAAAUUUCUCUCUACUGUACAGUAAAUGAAACACCCUCUAACAAUUGUUUUUAAAAUGUGAAUGAGAACUUUUUCUCAAGAAGGGAAUUGCUACAUACUUAUUACCCAGACAGCUGCCUUCUCUGUGAGCUAUUGCUGACAAAGCCAUUCCCCCUCAUAUUUUUUUUUUUUUACCAUUUGAUGUUUUGAAGUGUCCAUAAACUCUGUUUUGGAUGUAUUAGUUUUAUUUUGCAUAAAUGUGCAAUAAUUCUACAUUCACCAGUGUGUGGGGUGUUUAUUAAUUAACAUCGUGGAGCUUCGUCGCAGUGAGAACUCAGUGAGAUGUAAGCUGAAAAUAGAA